CUGAGGCUAGAUGCUGAAAGUCCUUCAGAUAAACCUCCACAAAAGUAAAAACGCCUCAGCCGAGCUCCUGCUCAACAUAGAGGGAGUCGGCUACGAUGUGGCUCUAGUCCAGGAACCAUGGAUAGCGUCGGGCAACAUAGUCUCCGGUCUAAAGUCACAAAACUACAACACAUACAUCCCGAUUGUAAAAAAUAAGGUAAGAACAGCGAUAUUAGUCAAAAAAAGUAUAUGUUCUUAUAUUGAUCACAAUCUCUCUUCAGACGAUCUGACAGUGGUGGCGCUGGAGGGCUGCAAGGAUGAGACGCUACUCUUUGGGUCCUGCUAUAUGCCACAUGAUGAGGAAGCACCACAAGCGGAACUUCGGAAGCUGGUAGAAACAGCUGCCAGAAAGAAGCAUGCUCUGGUGGUAGGGACGGACGCAAACGCACAUCACACAGUCUGGGGAAGUGCAGACAUAAACGACCGAGAGUGGUGUGCAUUCACGUCACCACCCAGUAUUAAUCUGCAUUUGGAGGCUUCGCUGUCCGAUAUCAAAUCUACCAAUAGUUGUGGUGGUACAGGUUCUUCGUGGGCCAAGUACAUCGAUGCCAAACGAAAUUCGAUGUCAACUGCUUCCCAGCUUACCGUAGUGAAAUCUUCGUUGCUAUAUUUUGGGAUUAAGAAAACGUUAAGUUUAGAUUUAGCUAGUACGCAUGUCCUACUUUUACCUGCACAGCUGGCAGCGUGA